GGCGGGCGGCGGGCGACCGGCGGCUGCGGUUGUUGUGAAAGUACUAAAAGCUUCAUUUGGCGGGAACUGCAGUCAUGGACCACAUCACGGUGCCCAAGGUAGAAAAUGUGAAAUUACUGGAUCGUUAUAUGGAUAAGAAACCACCGAAUGGGAUUUUAUAUCUUACUGUAACUCACCUGAUCUAUGUGGAGGCUUCUGGUGCAUCCCGGAAAGAAACAUGGAUUGCAUUGCAUCACAUUGCCACUGUGGAGAAGUUACCCAUCACUAGCCUGGGCUGUCCUCUGAUUCUCCAUUGUAAGAACUUCCGGGUAGCCCAUUUUGUUUUAGACUCUGACGUUGUAUGCCAUGAGGUUUAUAUUUCGCUGCUCAAGCUUUCUCAGCCAGCAUUACCUGAAGAUCUAUAUGCUUUUUCUUAUAAUCCCAAGUCCUCAAAAGAGAUGAGGGAAAAUGGAUGGAAGUUGAUUGACCCAAUGUCAGACUUUAGGCGUAUGGGAAUACCCAACAGGUACUGGACCAUAACAGAUGCCAACAGAAACUAUGAGAUAUGCAGUACUUACCCUCCUGCAGUAGUGGUUCCUAAAUCCGUUACCUUGGGAAUGGUGGUUGGAAGUUCGAAGUUCAGAAGUAAAGAACGAAUGCCUGUGCUCUCCUACCUCUACAAAGAGAACAAUGCUGCUAUUUGCCGCUGUAGUCAGCCUCUAUCUGGAUUUUACACUCGCUGCGUAGAUGAUGAGCUCUUGCUAGAGGCCAUUAGCCAAACGAACCCAGGGAGCCAGUUUAUGUAUGUUGUAGACACAAGACCAAAGUUGAAUGCCAUGGCCAACAGAGCAGCUGGGAAGGGGUAUGAAAACGAAGACAACUAUGCCAACAUUCGCUUCAGGUUCAUGGGCAUUGAGAAUAUCCAUGUGAUGCGGAGCAGCCUGCAGAAACUCUUGGAAGUUUGUGAAUUGAAAACUCCAACAAUGAGUGAAUUUCUUAGCGGCCUGGAGAGCUCAGGGUGGUUGAAACACAUUAAAGCUAUUAUGGAUGCUGGAAUUUUCAUUGCAAAGGCAGUGAAGGGAGAAAAGGCUAGUGUUUUAGUCCACUGUUCUGAUGGGUGGGACCGCACAGCACAAGUCUGCUCUGUGGCUAGCAUUCUCCUAGAUCCAUUUUACAGGACAUUCAAAGGUCUCAUGAUUCUGAUAGAGAAAGAAUGGAUAUCCAUGGGCCACAAGUUCUCCCAAAGAUGUGGCCAUCUCAAUGGGGACUCUAAAGAAGUAUCUCCUGUCUUCACUCAGUUCCUAGACUGUAUCUGGCAGUUAAUGGAACAAUUUCCUUGUGCCUUUGAGUUUAAUGAAAUCUUCCUGCUGGAGAUCCAUGAUCAUGUUUUUUCUUGCCAGUUUGGGAACUUCCUUGGAAACUGCCAGAAGGAUCGGGAAGAUCUAAGAGUCUAUGAGAAAACCCAUUCUCUGUGGCCGUUCUUGGUUCAGAGGAAACCAGACUUCAGGAACCCUCUCUAUAAAGGCUUCACUAUGUAUGGGGUGCUCAGUCCUAGUACUGUGCCCUACAACAUUCAGUUCUGGUGUGGGAUGUAUAACCGCUUUGACAAAGGGCUUCAUCCCAAGCAGAGUAUGCUUGAGAGCCUCCUGGAAAUUAAGAAGCAGAGAACAAUGCUGGAGGCAGAUGUGCACAAACUAGAAAAGAAAUUGAAAGCCCAUGAUGAGCCACCAGAGCAAGUCUGUACCUGCUCUCAGUUAGGGAAUUUAUUACCUCAGCAUCUGGGAAGUCCUUUGACCAAUCCACUUGGCUUGAUGGGUAUCGAUGGAGAUCUCAGUACCUUGAUGGAGUAUGGCACCCUGUCCAGGGAAGGAGGCCUCCAAGCUCAGAUGGAUCAAGUAACAAGCCAGUGUGCAGACCACCACCAUGACUGUUGUGGGAUCAUGGGCAGCCUUAGGGCCAUAAACAUUUCUGAGAAUGUAGGCUGCUCUGGAGACACAAGAAUCUCUGAGACCAGAGGCAUCCCUGGGGCCACGGGCAUCUCUAGGGCCACAGGCAUCUCUGAAGACAUCAGCAUCUCUGGAGCCAUGGGCUUCUCUGGGGAAAUGGGCAUAUAUGGGGACAUGGGCAUCUCAAAGGCUAGCACUAAGGAAGCAGGCUGCUCCAAGCAGCAGUGAGCUACUUAUCUGCUUCCAUGCUAAGUACACCUGCAGGUACCCACAAUGAUCCUUGUCGCAAAGGCCAUGCUGCUUUUCCAAUUAGUUUAAAUGGGUAAGGCCAGAGCACCCCUCUUCCACUUAAGAGUCUGGAAGGGAAUUUAGGGUCUUUACUUAUUAAGUGAUCAGUAUAUGCACUUCGAGCAGCCCAAAAUGUAGGUAAGAGAAAGAUUAUGUUAUUGUUCUAGAAUGGUAUUUAACUUUAGAAAUAUUGCCUUUCAGCUGAGAUACUAGGCUGGUUCCAUUAUUCUAUUUUCCUUAAUGACCCAACUUCCCUACUUUUCUACCCUAUAGCAUGAGAACAAAGUGGAAAUAUUGUCAUAGUGGAGAAUUAAGAUCUUAUUAAGGGGAUGAAGAGAUGGUGUGCAACAGGUAACUGAAUCACCAUAUGGUUUAAAAGAAAAUUUUA